AUGUAUCAAUGUUUAUGUUUAUUCGUAUCUCGUUCUUUUGUGAACAAGAUUUCAACAUAUCGUUCAAUACAAACUAUGAACGAUGUUCGAAAAGGUUUACAAUCUUUAGUUGGUGCUCAAUUAGUUUUUGCUCAUGGUAAUCAACAUGGAAGUCAUGCUAAAUUAACUGAUGAUAUAAAAAUCGAUUCUACAUUAGUUUCACGUACAAUAGUUGAAAGUUAUGAUGAAGCUAUUAUUCCAUUAGCAUCUGAAAUAAAAUUACGUGAAAGAUAUGCUAAUUUUGAAAAUAAAGUACGAUUUGGAAGAAUACUUGAAGAUCUUGAUACAAUGGCUGUUCAUAUUGCAUAUAAACAUAAUAGUCCACAAUUAAUUAAAUCAAUUAAUGUUCAUCCAUUAGCUAUUGUUACAGCUGCUGUUGAUCGUAUAGAAGUUGCUAUACCUCAUAUGCAAAUGGAUCGAGAUAUUCGUUUAAGUGGUUUUACUUCUUUUGUUGGUAAAUCUUCUAUGGAAGUUACAUUAAAAAUUGAUCAAGAUAAUAAUGGUACUUGGGAACAUGUACUUCAUGCUUUGUUUGUUCUUGCUGCACGAGAUCCAAGAACAAAAAAAUCAGCCAAAAUGAAUCCAUUAGUAGGAUCAACUGAAAAAGAUAAUGCAAUUAUCAAACAGGGACAAUUAAAUCGUCAACGUCGUCUAGCUGAACAAGAUAAAUCAUUAUUUAAAAUUCCACCUGAUACAGCUGAAAGUACAAUUAUUCAUAAUCUAUUUCUCAAAACAAUUACACCAAGUACAUCGAUAUUUCGUGCUCGACUUUUAGUAGAAAACUCCAUGUGGAUAGAAGAAACAAUUUUACGAAAUAUGCAUAUUUGUCAUCCAGAACAACGUAAUUUAUAUAAUAAAAUUUUUGGUGGUUAUUUAAUGAGAAAAUCGUUUGAAUUAGCUUGGACAGCAGCUAGUUUAUUUGCAAAACAAUCAUUAAGUACACUUGCAGUUGAUGAUAUUAUGUUUCAACGUCCAGUAGAAAUUGGAUCACUUUUAUUUCUUUCGGCAAUGGUUGUUUAUGUUGAAGAUAAUAAAAUUCAAACACGUGUACAUGCUGAAGUUGUUGAUAUUCAUACAACAAAUCGUGCAACAACAAAUGUUUUUUAUUUUAUUUUCAAAACAAAAGAUAAUAAACAACCACUUGGAAAUGUUGUACCAAAAACUUAUGCUGAAGCAAUGAUGUAUUUGGAUGGAAAACGACAUCUUCAUUAA